AUGAACAUCAACAACACACCGGGCCAGCCGUUUCAGCUUGGCAGCUCGGCAGCGACCACGGAGGCGCAGAAGAUGGUGGAGGAGUUUUGGCCGAAGGAGAUUCAUUCAGUUCAGAAUAUGAACAAUAAUGACUUUCGAAAUCCUGAACUACCUCUUGCUCGGAUAAAGAAAAUUAUGAAACUAGAUGAGGAUGUGAAGAUGAUCUCAGGCGAAGCGCCCGUGUUGUUUGCCAAAGCAGUGGAGAUAUUCAUUGCCGAGCUGUCGCUGCGGGCGUGGGUCAACACCGAGGACAACAAGCGGCGGACACUGCAGCGAAAUGACAUUGCCAUGGGCAUCUCAAA